AUGAAUAAAUUAUUUAUUUUAUUAAUCGUUUUAUCUUUUGCUUCAGUCAUUUUAUGUCAAAUCAGUGGUAGCAACUCAAUAAACACCGGUUCAUCAUACUCUGGUUCAGGUUCAGGCAGUGGUUCAGGUAACUCAACUGGUUCAGUUUCAGGCUCAGGUUCAGGCUCAGGCUCAGGUGGUAUCGUCUCAGGUUCAGGUUCAGGUAACUCAACCAGCUCCGGUUCAGUUUCAGGUUCAGUUUCUGGUUCAGGAUCAGGUAACUCAACUGGUUCAGUUUCUGGUUCAGUUUCAGGUUCUGGUUCAGGUUCUGGUUCAGGUUCAGGUUCUGGUUCAAGCAACUCAACUGCUUCAGGCUCAGGCUCAGGUUCAGGUUCAGGCAGUGGUUCAGGAUCAGGUUCAGGUUCAGGUUCAGGCAGUGGUUCAUCAACUGGUUCAUCAAACAGUGGUUCAGCUUCAGGCUCAGGUAGCUCAACUGGUUCAUCAAACAGUGGUUCAUCAAACUCACAAUCAUCAAACAGUGGUUCAUCAAACUCACAAUCAUCAAACAGCGGUUCAUCAAACUCACAAUCAUCAAACAGCGGUUCAUCAAACUCACAAUCAUCAAACAGUGGUUCAUCAAACUCACAAUCAUCUGAUUCAUCAAUCACUGGUGCCAUCACUGGUUCAUCAAACUCAAACUCAAACUCAACUGAUUCAUCAGACUCUAAAUCAAUCAACACUGGUUCAUCAUACAGCGGUUCCGCCUCAGGUUCAUCAGGUACUGGUGCUGCUUCAGGUUCAGGCUCAGGCUCAGGCUCAGGUUCAGGUUCAGGCAGCGGUCGUGCUUACGUUCGUAUCAACUAA